AUGUUGAUACCCAAGAAGAACCAGAUUGCCAUCUACGAACUCCUUUUUAAGGAAGGGGUGAUGGUUGCCAAAAAAGAUGUCCACAUGCCCAAACACCCCGAACUGGCAGACAACCUUCACGUCAUGAAGGCCAUGCAGUCUCUCAAGUCUCGAGGCUAUGUGAAGGAGCAGUUUGCGUGGAGACAUUUCUACUGGUACCUCACAAAUGAGGGCAUCCAGUAUCUCCGAGAUUACCUGCACCUACCUCCGGAGAUCGUGCCCGCCACCCUGCGCCGCAGCCAUCCCGAGACCAGCAGGCCUCGACCCAAAGGUCCAGAGGGUGAGCGGCCUGCAAGAUUCACAAGAGGGGAGGCAGGCAGAGACACCUACAGAAGGAGUGCUGUGCCUCCUGAGGCUGACAAGAAAGCUGAGGCUGGGGCUGGCUCAGCAACAGAGUUCCAGUUUAGAUGGAGUUUCAGUUGUGGACACCUCAGUGAAGUUGGAGAUUAUGUGGCAUUGAAUAAACUUUAAAGAAAAAAAAAAGAUGUCAGGCUGCAGACUUUCUUGUCUCUGAAAAGAGAUUUGUAACAGCAGCUCAAGAAGUUUCCAGACCUUCAGCUCCAGCCUGGGACUGCAACCUCAGGCCCUCUUAAUCUAAGAAGGGGGUCUGCAGCCCGUGGCCUAAGGGCCCCUGCACUCAAGAAUAGCUGUGAAUGCAUCUCAACACAUGGUUGAAAUCCUGCUUGAAACAUUGUUAGCUUUACUUGGGACUUUUUGUUGUUGUUUUUGGUUUUUUGUUUUUUUGUUUUUUUUUUUUCCUUUUUUGGUAACUUGAUUGCAAGGUACUUAGUGUGAACUUGUAGAUGGACAGUGCAUUGUCAAAAUCUCACUCAAAAUACAUGCAUGCUCGCUCUUGCUACCUCCACACAGGCACAGACUGUAUCAAAAUACAUGCAUGCUCGCUCUUGCUACCUCCACACAGGCACAGACUGUAUCAAAAUACAUGCAUGCUCGCUCUUGCUACCUCCACACAGGCACAGACUGUAUCUUACGGGGGCUGCAGCUGCCAGUGUGUUAUGUUCCAGACGCUGACAGUGGAUUGGACAGCAUUAGACGUCACUGGUGCUCACAGUGACCUAGGGAGACAAGCACAGCCGUUAUCGAUAGUGCUCUAACCUGCAGAUGAUAGGUGUUUACAGCUGCUCAGAGGUCGGUUUCUGUUACAUUUAUUAUUUAUUUACUUAUUUGGGGGUGGGC